ACAGGGUUGACCAAAUUACUCAACUUUUUCUUCACCUUACCACCUGUCCAUUUCCUCAAAAUGAACGGCACUGAGGGCAACAACUUCUACAUCCCCAUGUCCAACAGGACUGGGCUUGUAAGGAGUCCUUUUCUAUACCCUCAGUACUACUUGGCGGAUCCAUGGCAAUUCUAUCUGCUUGCUGUCUACAUGUUUUUCCUGAUCUGCUUUGGAUUCCCCAUCAACGGUCUGACCCUGUAUGUCACAGCCACAAACAAGAAGCUCCAGCAACCCCUCAACUUCAUUCUGGUCAACUUGGCUCUGGCUGGAUUGAUCAUGGUCCUCUUUGGAUUCACUAUCACCAUUACAUCUGCUGUCAAUGGCUACUUCAUCUGGGGACCAUUGGGCUGUGCCAUUGAGGGAUUCAUGGCUACACUUGGAGGUCAGGUGGCUCUGUGGUCUCUGGUGGUGCUGGCAAUUGAGAGAUACAUUGUGGUCUGCAAGCCCAUGGGCAGCUUCAAAUUCAGUGUCGCCCAUGCUGGUGCUGGUGUUGGAUUCACCUGGGUGAUGGCUGCCACCUGCGCUGUUCCCCCACUGGUUGGCUGGUCCAGAUACAUCCCUGAGGGCAUGCAGUGUUCAUGUGGACCUGACUACUAUACUCUGAGUCCAGGCUACAACAAUGACUCAUAUGUCAUAUACAUGUUUGUCUGCCACUUCAUGGUUCCAGUCUUCAUCAUUGCCUUCACUUAUGGAAGCCUUGUCCUCACAGUCAAGGCGGCGGCAGCUUCCCAGCAGGACUCAGCAUCCACCCAGAAAGCUGAGAAGGAAGUGACACGUAUGUGCCUCCUGAUGGUUUGUGGUUUCCUGAUUGCCUGGACCCCCUAUGCCUCUGUUGCUGCUUGGAUCUUCUUCAACAAAGGAGCUGCGUUCACUGCCCAGUUCAUGGCUGUCCCAGCCUUCUUCUCAAAGAGCUCAGCCAUCUUCAACCCAGUCAUCUAUGUGCUGAUGAACAAACAGUUCCGUAACUGCAUGCUGGCUGCUGUAGGCAUAGCAGCCCCUGAGGAUGAGACUUCUGUGUCAACAAGCAAGACAGAAGUGUCUUCUGUGGGCCCUGCAUAGAGACUUCCCUCACGCUGCACUUCCUGCCCUCUGAUUUCUACCCUUGUUUGAUGCUCUACAUGGACUGCUUUUGAAGACACACUUCUUUCACCAAAUGGACAUUAAACUGUACUGACCUGUAAUGAUUGGGCUCUGUUGUUCUCUCUACGCUCACAGACUGUGCCACUUAAUGUAGUUGAGAAUUGACUUGACAUACAUUUUAUACUCAUCCAAAAGAAACAGCUGAUUUGCCUCUUAUAGGUGGUAACAAAUGGAUGAGCCUCAGGCUUUCAGAACAGCUCUAAUGUUUGUCUUGAUGGAUCAUGAAAUUUUAUUUUUAUUUUAUGGCGAGGCCAGCAAUUAUUUUGUUGUCAUCAUUUCCUGUGUAUACAGUAUUUUAUAAAUUUAUAAACUAGAUAAAUACAUGCAUGAAA